AUGGCAGCUUAUCGCUUGAGCGAGGCUCGGCGAGGGCGGCGACUGGAGGACGAGUCACUGGCAUCACCGCGUGGAGGGAACCUCUCGCGGAGCAGUUCUCGAAGGUUAGAAGCUUCCGUCGUUAACGACCGGUUCUCCACACAGAAUCUGGUCCGCGACGUAAAGGCCGUGGCCGAUGCUCAGGGUCGGCUUGUACGAGUGAUAGAAGAUGUUUCCCAAGAGCUAUCGCAGCGCUUAGCCGAGCACGAUCGCCAGCUUGCAGAUCAUUCCGUGAACCAAGUCUCCUUACGCGAUGCUCUCCACAAAUUUCAGCUGGAAGAAGUCGCUCGUCAUGAUUCGCUUGCUGCGGAAUACCUGCGGCUCCGAACCGGCGAUGGGGAUGCUGCUGCCAGGCUCACGUUUUUGGAGUCCAAAGUGGUCGGCAUUGACAAGGUUUACGCAAGUCUCAACAGCAAGUUUGCCGAGCUAGAACAGGCCGCAAAUGCCUUGCCAGCAAGAAUUCAGGAUGUGCAAGUUAUGCAUCAGAAACAUUUGCAAGACAUGUACCAGAAAGUCCUUCGCAAUAUGGAAGAACAAAGAGCUGAAUUCUUCCAAUUCCAGGGACAGGUCUCAUCACGCUCCCAUUCCGAUGGGCUCCUCAGUUUGCAGAAGCAGUUCGAACAGAGGGGCAAGGAGCUCGCCAGCCAGCUGAGGCAGCGCUUGCGAGAACAAGACGGCAUUAUCGCCGAGGGUCAAGAAGCCUUGCGCCAGGAGGCUGCGAAGCGAGAACAGCAUUUGGCAGAGUUGCAGGAUGCAGCACAGCGGUUGGCGCAGACUGCAAUGGAACGUGCGCAGGCUUCCACUGAGGCGCAUGCCCACGUCUUUUCCACAUCCUCUUCAUUGGCGAAUCGCCUGGCUGUGGUGGAAGGGGAACUUCAAAGUGCUCAACGUCAGGAGAAGGAACGUCAGCAAAAGAGGAUUGCUCGACUCGAAGAAGACCUGGCGAAGUCGCCAAUGCUGUCACCGAGGGACAAAGCUGGCCCGAACGCUUUGGAUCAGUCCACCAACCUUCUUCGUGCUUUAGAUGAGCUUCGAGUUCAGAUCUUCGCGGAGCUCAGCGAUGCUCGAAAGCACGCUCAGCAUCUCAGCACGAGAAUUUCGAGAUGCGAAGCCGGUGUGGCAGAGUUGCAGCAGGUGACCAGAUCUUCGAAUACCUUGCCAGCCUUCCUUGCGCAGGCGUCUCCCAAGCAUGGUGCUUCGAACAGCGACAGCUGCCCUACCACGCCUGACUGGCCAGUGGCUGCCUGGCCUGGGCAGGGGCAGGCUGGAGAGCCAGCAAGUCGCUCAUCAAAGCUUUGCGGCUUGCCUCAACCGGAUGCCGGCCAGACGAACGGCUUGGGAGCUUCCGCGGCCUCUCAGGAGACUCUGCGGCGUCCUUCGGACUCACCGACUCCCAGCUCGCCGAAGGCAACUUCUACUGUCCACUCAAAAGGUAGUGCCGGCCAUGGCUCAGCAUUGCUUGGCAACUUGCCAGAGGGUCCCAAGCUGUCCCAUGGAUCGCAUGGAGCGCUGCAGGACUCACCUGGAAAAUCUCCUCAAGGAUCGACGCGAUUUGGUGUUCUGCCACCCCCGAAGGUCACGCCGUCGACACCGCUUCCUUUGCAGGCCGAAUAG